AUGGCUUAAAUCACCAAAGAGGCUGAGAAGACUUAUUAUGAAUAAGAAGAAGAAGAAACCCAAUAAAAAGAGAUACCCGAUGACCCUGAAUAUGCCUUUGAGGACAGAAGAUCAAAGAGAGAAUAUCGACAGACUAGAAUCAAGGAUAAGGAAGACAGAGCUACAGUAGAAUAGUGUUUGGAUCCAAGAACAAGAGUUAUAUUGAUGAAAAUGAUUAAUAAUAAGUUCUUAAAGGAAAUAAAUGGAUGUAUAUCAACUGGUAAAGAGGCUAAUGUUUAUCAUGGAUGGGAUUUCAAUAAUCUAGAAUAUGCAAUUAAAGUUUAUAAGACUUCAAUUCUGGUAUUUAAAGAUAGAGAUAAAUACGUAUCAGGUGAAUUUCGUUUUAGAAAUGGUCAUUGCAAAUCAAACCCAAGAAAAAUGGUUAGAUUAUGGGCAGAAAAAGAGUUGAGAAAUUAUAAGAGAAUAUUUCAGUCAGCAAUCCCAUGUCCAGAGCCUAUUUUGGUUAAAAGCAAUAUUAUAGUAAUGAGAUUUAUUGGUGAUGACAUGACUCCAGCUCCAAGAUUGAAGGAUGCAACAGAUGUUCUUUAUGAUGAUGCUUACAUUCAGGUUGUGAAAUGCAUGAGGAUUCUAUACUAAGAAUGCAAAUUAAUACAUGGAGAUUUGAGCGAAUACAAUCUCUUAUAUUAUAAGAAUAAAGUCUAUUUUAUAGAUGUAUCCCAAAGUAUGGAAAGUGAUCAUCAUAGUGCAUCUGAGUUUUUGAAAAGGGACAUAUUUAAUAUCAAUCAAUAUUUUAAGAAGAAGGUAUAUCUAAUAUAAUAUGAGUUUAGGAUAUCAUGACAUUUACUCUGAGAUAAUUGUACAAAUUUAUUACGGAUCCUCAUCUUUAAAAUAUCACUGAAGAAAUAGAGAGAAUGUAAGAGGAAAGAGAAUAAAUCGAUGAAGGUUUGGAAGAGGAGUAAGAUAAAGUUUUUGUUGGAGCUAUAUAACCAAAGAAUUUGAGUGAUUUACCAUAAAAAAUAAUCGAAUCUGAAUUGAAUGCUUUUAAGAAAGGUGGAGAGAGUAUUGGCAAGACAAUAGCAGAUUUCUAGAAUGCAAAUCUAGAACUUUAAAAAUUGAAUGAAGGAAAUGGAUUGGAUUAAAAUGAAGAUUCAAACGAAGACAAUGAUGAGUCAGAUAAUGAUGAUUAAGAGGGCAAUUCAGAUUCAUCAUCUGAUGUAUCUUUAUUAAGUGAUAAUGAUGAUGAUCAAGAAUAGGAGUCUGAAAAUUAAAAUGAGGAUGGUGAAAAAAAGAAGAAGGGUGGAUUAUGUAAAUAUGAUGGACUCACAAAAAAAGAAAGAAAAUAAAAAGUUAAAGAAGAAAAAAGAGAGAAAAGAAAAACUAAACUCCCUAAAAAUAUUAAAAAAAUACUUACAAAAAAAUAAAGAUGA